UACCUGGCUAUUGGUCGCUGUGUUGAAUGAUAAUUAAUUUUGUUGGCCUCCUGCAAGCUUUGACCCUUUGGACUGGAACGUAAUCCUCCAAGUAUAGUUAAAGUUCACUAGCAUUGUAACAAUCCUUAGUCAUGGUUGCACUGCAAACAAUCUGUGAGCAGAAAGAGCUCAGGACUGUUUGUGGAGGUCUGCUUUGAGGACAGUUAGUUAGAUUCGAUGACACCGGAUCAGCGUUCAGGCAGGAGGAGACGAAGGGGUCACUCCAGGCCUCCGCUCCCCAUGCCUGCUCCCCCAGGCUUCACCUCACUGGAGCAGAAUGAGCAUAUGAACACUCUGCGUAUCUCUGUCGGAGGCCUCCCUAUGUUGGCGUCCAUGGCCAACCCCACUGACCCUCGCUUCCGCCUCAAGUGGAGGCCCAUCGUGGCCGUGGCCGCCUCCCUCGCCCUCCUCAUGCUCCUCUUCAUGCACUUGAGCUCGGGUUUGCGCUCCCGCUCCUACGACUCGCACGGCUGGAGAGCCGGUCGCACCGACACCCAGCAGCUGGAGUCCCGUUACAACGACACCUACCCUCUCAGUCCACCUGAACACACGCCGCAGGGCACCCGCUACCGCAUCGGGGUCAUCGCCGACCUGGACACGAGCUCUCGGAGUGAAAAGAAGCUGACGUGGUUCAGCUACAUGCGGCGGGGCCACCUGUUGGUGUCCCAGAGCGGCGACAAGGUAGCGGUGGAAUGGGAUGCGGACACGGUGCUGUUGGAGAGCCACCUGUCGGAGAAGGGGCGGGGCAUGGAGCUGUCCGAGCUGGUGGUGUUCAACGGGAAGCUCUUCAGUGUCGAUGACAGGACGGGCAUCGUCUACCACAUCCACGGUGACAAGAUCGUCCCCUGGGUCAUUUUACCUGAUGGGGACGGCAGCGUUGCUAAAGGGUUCAAAGCAGAGUGGCUGGCAGUGAAAGACAAACACCUGUACAUCGGCGGUCUGGGGAAAGAGUGGACGACCACGGAAGGCGAGUUCGUCAACAACAACCCAGAGUGGGUGAAAGUAGUGGGCUUCAGAGGGGACGUACAGCACGAGAACUGGGUUCCCAAGUACAAAGCUCUCAAGUCUGCUGCGGGGAUCGAGCCUCCAGGGUAUCUCAUCCACGAGUCAGCAGCGUGGAGCGACACCCUGCAGCGCUGGUUCUUCCUCCCUCGCCGCGCCAGCAAGGAGCGCUACGAAGAGACGGCAGACGAGCGCCGCGGCACCAACCUCGCCCUCAGCUGCUCGCCGGAUUUCAAGGACAUCAUUGUAAGUCGGGUGGGUCCGCUUAACCCCACUCAUGGAUUCUCUUCCUUCAAGUUUGUCCCCAAUACGGACGACCAGAUCAUCCUGGCUCUCAAGUCAGAGGAGGACGCUGGAAAGAUCGCCACGUACAUCAUGGCCUUCACGCUCGACGGACGCAUCCUUUUACCUGAAACCAAGAUCGGGGAUGUGAAAUAUGAAGGCUUGGAGUUCAUAUAGACUGAGGGACUCGCUCUUGAGGCCACUGCACUGUUGUUCUAUUUUGUUUACAAUCCAGUCACUGUUGAAGUUACUGUACUUGCUGCUUCCUCAUUAAGACACAACUCCGAACCUUAAAGGAUCAACUUCAGUACAAAGAGAAGAACUGUGGGCUGAGACUGUGGAACAUGGUCCCUUUUUUGGGUUUUGAGAAAAUGGCGGUCAGCGCUAACAAAGCUAGCAUGUCUUGGGACGGAUUGUCUUCCCAGGACAAA